AUGGCAGAGGAAGGCAUUGCUGCUGGAGGUGGAAUGGAGGCCAGUACUUCUCUACAAGAGGUGCUGAAGACCACCUUCCAUGAUGACCUAGCAUGCAGCGUAUGUGAAGCUGUCAAAGCUUUAAACAAGAGCCAAACUGAUCUUCGUGUGUUUGAGUCUAAUUGUGAUGAGUGUAUAUAUGUCAAGCUGGUGGAAGCACUUGGUGCUGAACAGCAAAUCAAUCGAAUUAAAGCUAAUGACAACAGGAAACUAGGGGAAUGGGUAGGCCUCUGUAAAAUUGAUCAAGAGGGGAAGCCACAAAAAGGGAUUGGUUGCAGUUGUGUAGUAGUUAAGGACUACGGCAAAGAAUCUCAGGCCAACAAUGUCAUCAAAGAGUACUUCAAAUGCAAGAAAUGCAUAAAUAAAUUCUGA